AUGACGGUCCUUUCUCGCGCUUCGCCGUCUUCUUCAUCCCCAUCGGUAAUGCUUGACGUCCAGGAGCCGACUGGUCCACUACCCGAGACAAGCGCUGCAUUUGCUAUGAUACAGGGCCACGCAAAUCAUCAUAAUCUGAUCCAGGCGUUUCUUUCCAAAUGUUUCCCCAGUGGAUGGGCAUCUCGGGUAAACUGCUCAUGGCUACCGCUGCUUAGUGAGCUACCAACUACGAUGAAGUCUGACCCACUAGAGCUAUCAAGUAUCGCACUUGCGGCUUCGGUUAUAGGACGCGAGCAUCAGGAUUUCUCUCUGAUAAGUUUGGGCCUAAAGUGUUACACCCAAGGACUCAGUCAGAUGCGCAAGGCUUUGCGUCACCCUAUUCUCAUGAAAGAAGAUUCAACUCUGGCUGCUUGCAUGGCACUUAAUCUCUACGAGACUCUUGAAUGUCCCAGUAAAGGAUCCGGCGGAUACUUCAGCCACUGUCAUGGUCUUUUAGCAUUGAUUCAAGCUCGUGGCGUUGAGCAACAUUCGUCGGGCGCGGGACACCGUUUAUUUUUGGGUAUCAGAGUGCCAGGGAUUCUGUAUGUUUUAAGCCAAAGCGCGUCUACCAUCCUAUUAGACCCGUUAUGGAUGGAGGGACCUUGGAAAGAAUUACCAAAGACCCAUCUCGAUCGAGUUACGGACUGUCUUGUUGCAGCUCCCGGAAUCUUAGAACGCGUGCCAUUAUUGAGAUACCUGAACCCGCAUCAACAAGCCGAAUUGAUCCUCGAACUUGUAGACGAAUGUUGGCAGGUUGAUAAGAAACUGGAUAAAUUUGACAUCGAAAUACGAAUUGCCAAUUUAUCCCCGCUUUAUACAACGGUGUCAUCUCGGAUCAAUCCAUUGGCUGAUCAAGAUGGCUGUAUAAGCAUGUUCCCGCUUGCCUUUUGCUUUUCGGAGCCUGUAAUUGCCUCGGCACUUACGCUGCUAUGGGCAACACGUUCGAUGCUUUGGUCAGGGCUUGGCAGCCUCUACAAGCACUAUGAACUGCUCAAGGGGUAUUAUUCUUUGAACCCCGAACUAUUAGCCGAACAUACGUCUAUUUGCGAGCAUCCCGGAUCAAUGAUAUGCCUUCCAGUGUUGGAACACCGGGAGGACUAUGUUUCCAUGGCACACAAUGUUUGCCAAUCCAUCGAAUAUUUCCUGCAAGACGAAAUGGGAAUGAUCGGGGCAUUAUCGGUUACUCCAGCAAUUGGCCUUGUGAUCGAUGCCCUCAAGAAUUGGCCAAAUCAUUCAGAAGAAAUCCAAUGGCUACAUGCAUCCCUGGGCUUGAUUGGAAGCAAAGGUGCUCGCGUGCUUGACUAUUACAAACCGCAAAACAGCGCACCGAAUAUAUGA